AUGACUACGGUGCGGCCUUUCUGGCUUCUGGUAGCCCUCUUGUUCCUUUCCGUCGCAAAUUGCACGCCUACAGAGUUUAAUUUGAAGCGACAAUCCAGCGAUAUCAUAGUAACGGGCAUUGACUCCACCGAUCAGGAUGGCAACUCCUUCCUUCGUCUGGAAGUACGCGACAUGCAAGCGAACUACCCAGAUCAGUGGAACCUCUAUCUCAUCGGUCUUGAUCAAAUGCACGUAGCGGAUCAGAAAGAGCCUCUGUCGUACUAUGGCCUUGCUGGCAUUCAUGGCAGACCGUACACGACACAGCUGGACGCACCAGGCUUGAGCCAUAAGACUGGCAGUAUCGGAUACUGCCCCCAUAGCAUGGCAUUAUUCCUUGGAUGGCACCGCCCAUAUCUCGCGUUGUUCGAGCAAGCACUAUAUGCUCGCAUUCGACAACUUGCCGAAAAUGCACCUGCGGAUCAGAUUGAUCGUUAUCGAUGGGCGGCCUCUUCGUUCCGGAUCCCAUAUUGGGACUGGUCUCAAGGCGACCAGAGUGGCGAAGUGCCGGACUUCUUCAUGUCAGAGACGACUGUCGUCGAUACUCCCGAGGGUCGUAAAAUCGAGAUCUGGAAUCCGCUCUACAAGUACGAUUUCAAGCCGGUACCCAAAGGCUUUGAAGGCAAGUGGACGCAAAUCAACCACACAAUUCGAUGGCCGGCCUCAGACAACCCUGGCGAGGAGUCGCGUCAGCACGAAUUUGCGGCGAGCUUUGCCAAAUUGCGACGCCAAAUUCAAGACCAGACUGCACUUGCCUUUCGACGCGAUACUCUCAAUGGUUUCUGGGAAGCCAUUGAAAUGGUACAUGGAUGGGUACAUGGAGCGAUUGGCGGCGGCUACUCCACUGGCUUCGGCGGUAAGGGGCACAUGUGGCCACUCGAGUAUUCCUCCUAUGAGCCAUUGUUUUGGCUGCAUCAUGCCAAUGUUGACCGACUGUUCGCACUGUACCAAGCGCAGCACCCAGAUGCCCGCCUUCAGCCAUCCAAUGUUGGCAGUGCCGGCAAUGUAUUUGUCGAAGACAAUAGUGAAGUUGACGGAGAUACGCCACUCCUUCCUUUCCGGCGCAACCCUGGCAGCUUCUGGACAACGAACGAGGCUAUGGACUGGAGGAUGUUUGGUUACGAUUACGCUGACACCCGUUCGGCUAGCACUGCGUCUGCUCGAGCGACGGUUUCGCGACUGUACAGUGGUAACGCGAGAGAAAGACUUACGAGCGAGGGGGUUGGGAAAAUUGGGAACCUUCUUACUCCGGAUGUUGCAGAUGCUACUUACACAAACUGGGUUAUUGAGACGGCAGCAGCGCCGCUGGACCUGCCCCCCACUUUCAUCGUACAGUUCUCGCUCGUAGGUGACUUCUCAUCAGAUGAGUCAACCGACGUAGGCAUGUGGUCUGUCUUGAUGCCAAGCGAUCACAAUCAGGCUAAGCGUUCACUGCGCAAGGUUCAGAAGCUAACCAGCCGUGCGGCCGCUGCCGAUAUGACUCUACACGGUACGCUUAGUUUGACAAACAGCCUACUCGAUCAAAUUGAAGCUGGGAAGAUCCAAAGUCUCGGGGCGCUGGAUGUUGUUCCAUUUCUGAAAGAGAGAUUGAGCUGGAAAAUUUAUUCGAGCGAUGGCACGCAAUUACCCGAUUCGAGCAUGGAAGCCAUCAGGGUUCAGAUUGCGAGUGAGUCUGCGCGUUUUCCGAGUGAUCCAAAUGUGCCGAUUGAGUACAGCAAUGACACUGUUGCAUAUCCGGAGGUUACGGCCGGCAAGAUGGGUGGUGCCAGCUAG